AUGGUCGUGUCGCUCGCGGUCUUCCUCUUCCCUUUGCAAUCGAACGUCAUGGCCAUCGCAACGGGUAUCCCAGGUUUUGAAGUCACUAUCGAGGUGGACACGGUAGCAUUACCGGAGUACCAACACGGAGUCAUCGAAGAUGAUGAGGUUUCGACCUCUGCAUCCAGGUACAUCGAAGCACCACCGGCCACCGGCUUCGCCAUCCGUUAUCUGUUCCGCCCGCCCUUCACCCCACCAUCGGCGAUCCAGAUGGAUGUGUUGCUAGACGGUGACUAUGUGCAAGCUCCCUUCGUCGAGUGGGGUGGUAAGGAAAAUUGCGAGGGAUACCUUUGCUCGCGAUCCACUUCGUCGGCUGGUGGACACAGCUUCACUCAGGGCUUCCGAUUUGCUGAGCUGAGGACCGACGAGACUAACACCCCAAUGAGCAAGGACCUCACGGAUCGUCUGUCACAGAUUGGGCGCAUUGUGCUUUACUUCUACUUCAUCGAGCAUCUGGAGGCAGUGAGACCAGUGGAAGUGCCUCGGCUUGAUAGCAACGAGCUCGAUGUGCUCAGUGAGAAGGUGUUGCACAAGGCGGCUGCCAUGCAUGGCGAUCAAUUGUCUCAUCAGACCAGUCUCACUGUACCCGAGCAACGUGACACAAUCACUUACAACGAAGUCAAAACGACUGAGAACGAGCCUUUCGCAACGUUCACUUUCUACUACAGAUCAACUGAUGCGCUCAAAUCGAUCGGUGUCAUACCACGUACCCCAAGUCCAUCUCCGGAGCCAGAGUCAGAGGAUGACAACAGGAAUUCAGACGACAUGACCAACGAGGAGGUGAGGGCCGCGUAUGACCGUAUGCAAGAGAAAAACCGGGAAGCAAAGAAGAUCAAGCGUGAACGUGAGGAGGAGCGAGAGGGCAGUGAGGACACACUAGUUGAUGAUAAAGUCGAGUGGCUCGAGAGCCGUCCCGCGAAGAGCAAGCCCGCAAAGAAGCCGCGUUGUCAUCCUAGACCUGGUGAUGAGGUAGUGACUUUGGAUGAUUGA